CUGUAGAGGGUAUUGAGAGACUGUAGUGUGUGAGAGAGAGUGUGUUUGGUGCUGUGCAGUGUGUGCUGCUGCUGUUGUAACUCCAGCUCCAGGCAAGCUGCUGCCCUAACAAACCUCAUGGCCACAUACUGAUGACCAGGAACUCCCAGUUGCACACAGAGGAUUGUAGCAGCAGCAGCAGCAGCAGGAAUUUAAUGGAUUCGGUUCGGAAGGGUGUAAGGCCCAAAGCAGGGGCUGUUCACUUUGGUCCUGAGGAGGGUGCAGCCAAUCACGUUCACUUUGAAGAGAAAUUACAUGAUUCUGUUGUCAUGGUGACCCAAGAGGAAGAUGGCAGCUUCUUAGUGAAGGUUGGUUUCUUGAAGAUCAGUCACAAAUAUGAAAUCACGUUUCUGCUGCCAGUCUCCCAGAACCUGCGGCAACAGAGCCAAUCUGUCCCCCUCGCUAACCUUUACUUGAAGCUGGUCGACAUCGCUCCAGUAGCAGAAGGUUACCAAGUCAAGUGUGAAUACAUCGCCCACAAGGAAGGCGUGGUCAGAGAAGAAAUGGCUUUGGCCAGCAAGAUUAAUGAUCGUUCCCCUGUAAAAGUUACAUUGCAGGCCCGAGUCCUGGACCGGCUGCACGGGACCCCUAUGUUGCUGGAAGGUGUCAAAUGCAUCGGCUCAGAACCAGAAUACGACUCCGAGCAAAGCGACUGGCAGGGAUUCGAUUAGCUGACCCCCCCGAACACUCAGCUCCAUUCGACCACAACAGCCAGGGUGUGUUCCUGAACGAUGCUGUGCGCGCUAAGCUGUGAAGUAACUUGCAAAGUGUACCUAUACCUGAAGAUUGAUCUUUCUCGCUCUCCCUCUUUAUUUUAGUACUUCAGUAUUCUGCUUGUAAAUGUUACACCCCUCUGGGAGCUAAACUUAAAAUGUGAAGGGAACUUCUACAAUGUCUGUCCUUUUAAAGUUUUGAGUGGGAUCUGCUUGUGUUGCCACAUAUGGAAUGACUCAGAGGAUAUAUGCAUUAAAUGUACAAUGGAGUACAAUUCAGAAUGUGUUUAUUUUGUCAUAUUGGAAAAUAAAUAAAUGAAAUCCAUUCUUAA